CACUAAAACGCUUCUACACAAAAUCUCAGUUUUUAUAACUCAUGUAGUUAAAAACUACGCUUUAAAACUUAAAAACUUACGAUUAUACGCUUCUAGAUCAUCAAAAUGUUUCUACAUAGAAACUCGCUUUUGACUACAUUGUUUAAAACUAUGUGGAGGGUAAAAUUUUAACUUUGAAAAACUUAACAGUAGGGUACAUUUAGAACAUGAGAAUAGUAGAAGGGCAUACUUAACAUGAAAAUUAGUAUAGGGGCACAUUUGAGAAAUAGUAAUAGUAGAGGGGCAAUUUAUACUAUUAAACCUUUUAAUUUACAUAUCCAUCUCUGUUGAUAAUAAAAUAAAGAUGAAAAUUAAACCUAUUUUCCUAUACCCAACUCUGAAGAAGAAAAUCCCGCCAUUCCUACUCCCUCAUCACCCAAAACCCCUUCUUCCUCAUCUUUUACCGCCACUAUGUCCCAAAUUUCCUUGCCCACUGUCGACUCCAUGAUCCCCUUGAAGCCUGAUCAAGAAAAAUGGAAUCCAGGAAGUUUUUUCUGUGAUGCUCUAAUUAAUCUGACUAUUCGCGAAGGAAUUCGGCAUGGCGAAACCGAAAUGCAUAUUGUCAAUGCACACAUACCUGAUUUAGUUAGAACAUAACGAGUUUUCGCCGUGUUUUAGGUGGAAUUUCGCGUGAUCAAUGCACCCUAACUUCAAGAAAACAGAAAAUGAUGUUACUCGGUUCACACAUCUUCAAACAUUGUUCGAACGAGGGUGUUCGAUGGAUACAUCCAAAGGUCUAUUUACUGUUACCUCUACUCGUAUGGAAAUUACUUGAGAGCUCCACAGCUAGUGACUACAACUACAGAGAAGCCUCCUUGGAGGGUCAUUUGUGCUACUGCUAUGACUACGAUUCUAGAGAGAGAAAGAUAAAAUUUGGCGAGACUUAUUGUGGUUUGAUUUAUUUUCACUUAUUUUCUAUUAACUCUGUGUUAAGAGGGUGAGGAAAUGACUUAUUUUCACUUAAUAAUUUUUUGUUUUAUCAUAUUAAUUUACAUCUCCAUCUCUGUUAAUAAUAAAAUAAAGAUGUCUGCAGCACAAUCAGUAAGUGUUAGAGAGAGAGUGUUAUCUGCCCUCUCUCCUCCAACGGGCGGAAAAAAAUGGAGAUCCCCGUGGCGCAGCCAGAGCCCAUCUGCCACAACUUGAAGCCGCCGGACGGAUCACCGAUGAGCACACCUGUACAACCCAACAAGAAAUCGAAGUGUUCUACCAGUGAAGGUUUCGCAGGAGAGCGGGCGAUGGAAUACGCUGUGGUUACCGCGAACGACACCCUAUACCAAAAUGAAGAGGCUGAUAUGAGCUUGGAUAGUGCGGGGGCUGCAAGUUAGCAAUCGCCGAUGCCAGGGAGACCGUAGCCGGAAGCACAUCGAGGAUCCUAUAAAGAUUCAAAUAUGGG